AUGGCACCCUUUACAGCUUCAUUCCAUGCUGGCGAGUUGUCAGCCCAAGAAAAGGCUGGCACUCGAGGAGUCGCGGCCGAACUUUUGCCCGGUAAAACCGGUGCUCUGAACUUCUCCAAGAACCAUGAUGCCUUUUUGGCGGCUCAAUCCUUUGCGGUAGUAUCGAUCGUCCAAAAUGGCGGACAUGUAUGGGUGACACCACUCUUUGGCAAAGCUGGUGACAUCACGGCAGUAUCCGAGAGUGAGAUUGUCAUUUCACCCAACAGCAUCCCCAAGAAUGACAUUCUCCACUCUGUCCUUGCAUCACCAGAUAACAACAAUACCCCCCUUUCCAUGUUGGGUAUUGACCUCGUCAAGAGAAUUCGUCAUCGAAUAAACGGAGCUUCCGUCUCUAGCACUGACAAUGUUGAUCUACACUUUCAAGUCAAGGAGUACUCACCCAACUGUCCCAAGUACAUUAACCGACGGCAGAUUAUCCCAUCGGAUACUCCCAUCAAUGAUGCUGCCGUCCGCCAAGAACGAGUGGAACUGACUCCCUCAGACCGUGAGUUUGUCCAGUCCAUGGAUACCCUAUGGAUUGGCAGUUAUGCUCCCAAUGUGGGUGCCGAUGCCAACCACCGUGGUGGCAGACCAGGAUUCAUCCGCGUGGCGUCGAACAAUACUAUCGAAUGGCCCGAGUACCGUGGAAACGGCAUGUUCUACACUUCUGGCAACUUGGAAGUCAACGACCGAGCGGGGGUUACAUUGGUGGACUUUGAAACGGGCAGCAUGAUCCAAAUGACGGGUCGGGCCACGGUGGGUUGGCAUCAUAAUAAUGCUGCCAAUAAUUAUGAAGGAGCCACUCGUCUCAUGAAGUUUCAAAUUGAACGCCUCGUUCGCACCGAUUAUGCCACCAAUCAUCGAUGGAAGUUGCUGGACUAUUCGCCCUACAACCCUGCCAUUUCUGGAAGUGAUAACAAUGCUGGUGAUGACAACACCAACAGCAGCAUUGUGACAUUGGCCAAGAUCGUAUCAGAAUCGCGGAAUGUCAAGACCUUUCGAUGGGUGGCACAGCGAAACAUUGUAUUCUUGCCCGGUCAAUACGCCACCUUUGAGUUUGACAAGGUCCCGGGUGGAAGUGCCUCGGAGGUUCGGACGUGGACUCUGUCCGAGACUCCCAACAGCAUCAAAGGCGACAACACGUUGGAUAUCACGGUCAAGCGCAAUGGAUUGGUGACAAACUGGCUUCAUGAUCAUGCCGAGGUAGGAUUGCAGGUCAAGUUGAAUGGAAUGCAGGGCGACAUGACGGCAGUCACCUUUGAUAGUCAAACACAAAAGCCUGUCAUUCCCAAGCAUCUUUUACUUAUGAGUGCAGGGAUCGGCAUCACACCCAACCUGGCCAUGGUAAGGGGUGUAGGAGCCUUUGAGCUGCAGGAUGAUACCAGCAUCACCAUGAUUCACGUGGAACGGAAUGAAGCGGACUUGGUCAGCCAAGGCGAAUUGAAUCGUCGGGCCAGGAACUAUCCCAGCUUUUCCUACACCAAUGUCAUCUCAAGCAAAGAGGGUCGUCUGACACGAGAACGGCUUGGCAAACUCCUUCCAGAAGCCACCAUGGGAUUCCAGGAAGCCUACAUUUGUGGUCCUGAAUCCUUCAUGUCGGAUAUGACAGAGCAUCUCGUGGCAAUGGGAGUUCCAGCUGGGAACAUCCACACAGAAAGUUUUGACUUUUAG